AUGGGUCCUGAACACCAGACCCCACCGCGUUCAUCCUGCAGAGUACCUUCACAUUCAGGCACAGCUGGACUCAAUGGCGAGACACAGACGGAGAACACCCUCAUGGCUCGUCAGAACUGGAAUCCUGCAGAGCGGUUCUCCCUACCUCUACUCCCAGUGCACCUGGCAAGCCCCCAGAGCCGGCAUCGGAUGAGCAAGGAGGACUAUGUGGGAGACAAGUUCGGACACUGA